AUGCAGUUGGGAGUUCGCAAUGAACGCUUUGUAGACCGGGAAACGCCUCACGACCCCGACAGCGCCACUAUCACUACUGUCACCCACCCAAAAGCUCCCACCACCGCCACUGCCACUGCCACCACCGCCGCCGCCGCCGCCGCCGCCGCCGCCAUCGCUGCCGCCGUCGCGCUGCUUCAAUGGCUUUGUUGUGUUUGGUUUUCUGAGCGUCCCUACAGUGAUAUUCGAGUCGACCUGCGCGGGACGCCGCGCCGCGCCGCGCGUGUGGCGCUGGAAAGACGGGGUGGGGGAAGGGAAGAUGGGAGCAGCGGGCGGCGCGCCAGCGGCUGCCGCCCCCUAACAGCGCCCCCUGCGGCCCCUGCGCUCCGUGCAUGGCCUGCUGUGGACGCCUGCCGCCGCGGCGGCAUCGCGCCCUCUGAGAUAUCAAAAACUCAAAACGUAAUUGAAGCGAUCACCACCGUUUUCGUCCGUAACAGCCCGCAAUUACACCCGCGUUUUGAGGCCAUUAUCCCCUGGCGCGCCGACGCGCGCCUGCGACGCCGCAACGGCCAGGCGCAGCGCCGGUGCCAUUUACAAAUGAGCAGGAGCAAAAAUUCCGCUCUCCAUAAACCGGGCGACGGAGCGCGCACCUCGGCGUCGACGGGCGACGGCAGCGCGCCCGACGGCGGCGAUCGGAGAAAGGCGGAGUGGCUGCCUGAAUGCAGGCGGAUAUUCGAACACGACGACAACGACGACGACGAAGCCGAUGUCGAGCAGGCGGCGGCGGUUGUGGUGGAAGGGGAGGAGGCGGGGUGGAGCGAUAUUUCUACAGAGCGAAGAGGAAGGAGAGGGAGGAUUCGGACUGAGGAGGCGUAG